AUGCAUGGAAGUGGUGAUGGUGGAACGAGGCGACGUGUGCCCGCCACCAAUGCCCGGAGCGCGGCGUCAACUGCUGAUGCCUCCAAUUCUGCCGGUGUUCCGGAAGAGGGCAGGUUCAGACCCUCCGGUUCCUCAAAUGUUCUCGGUGAGGUCCCCGGCAGGUUCGGCAGAAUGUCCGCGAUGCAGGGCCCGGGCAUGGGACAAUUGAUGGGACAUAUGCCCCAGCAGCCAAUUGUGUGGCAGCCUUGGGGUUACCAUACCUAUGCAGGCCCGUGGCAUCAGGACCACGUGGUGAAUUCUUCUUCGAUCCCUCCGUGGACGCCGCAGUAUGUGCUGUCGGAUAUCCAGGAGGUGCAUGAUUACGGAAGGGGUCCCAUCGCCCCGAGCCGUCCGCCUUUGCCAGCACAGUUGCUUUGGGGUCAGGCGGAGGCUGGACAGACUGGACAGCAAGCAAAUCGGCAGGUUCUCACCUUCAUCGUCCAGAACAUCCCCGCUCGCUGUACACCACAUCGCCUGCUGCAGCUCUUUCAGCCUGCACGAGAUGGCAUCGACUUCCUUUACCUGCCCUUCAGGUACCGACAAAAGCGUUCCAGUCGGUAUGCCUUCGUCAACUUCCGAUCCACAAACGAAGCUGCCCGGUUCAGGGACAGGUGGGAGGGGGUUGCGCUGGCGCCGCACGAUCGCCCCCUCGUCUUCGGCCCAGCGAAAACCCAGGGUCUCGCAGCCAACAUGUACUUGCAUGCUGCAGGACGCGAACGGGAGCGGAGCAUAGAACCAGUCGUGUUUUAUAAUGGUGAGGAGGUAAGCUUUGAGUGGGCGUGGGCUUGCCUGGUGCGGACGUUGUCCGAAGCGGAUUGGGAGUUGGUGGUCCAGGAGGCGAACAAGACCUCUGCAGGUGAAGCCGGCGCGAGCCAGGGAGGAUGUGGAUCACGGGUUGUCUUCAGUCUGUGA